UCAGUCAGUCGCGGGCGCGCUGCGUGUGCUGAGGCUUGUGGGAGCAUUGGUGACGAUUUUGAAUUCAGAAGCUUGUCUAUCAUUGAUAUCACCAAAGAUGCAGUGCCUUGUGAUGGUGAUCCUGCUGAUGUGCUGCUUCUACAUAACAGAUGCCUACAAAAUCCUAUGUCUCUUCCCGCACGUUGCUAAGAGUCACUUCAUCAUGGCUGAGGCUCUACUGAAGGGGCUAGCUGCUAAAGGCCACCAGGUGACAAUGGUCAGCCACUUUCCACAGAAGACUCCAAUACCAAACUACAGAGAUAUCAGUCUCGUCGGAUCCAUGCCAGAAUUUGUGAGUCAGAUCCCUCUGGACGUGGUUGCUACAGGUUAUGUUCACACGACUGUUGGCUUCCUCGCAUACAUGGGCUACGUCAACUGUGAAAACACACUGGAGUUUCCUGCAAUGAAGAAAUUCAUCGCAGAAAAUGAGAAGUUCGAUCUGAUCAUCACCGAAAUCUUCAACACGGAUUGCUUGCUAGGAUACGUUUACAGACAAAACACUCCUUUCAUUGCUUUGAGUAGUUCGGUAAUGAUGCCAUGGGCACAUGCGAGGUUUGGCAACCCUGAUAAUCCAUCUUACAUGGGGAAUCACUUUUUGUACCAUGGUUACGAGAUGUCAUUUUCAGAAAGGCUUAUCAAUAUGCUCUACCAGGAAGGCCUCAAAGUGGUGUAUUAUUUCAUGUUCGAAAAGCCUGCCUACGAGAUCGCCAAGAAAUAUUUCGGACAAUCGCUGCCUCCUCUGUCGGAUAUCGCGAAGAACACAAGUCUGUUUCUUGUUAACUCUCACUUCACUCUGAAUCAGCCUCGACCUCUUGUGCCUAAUAUCGUGGAAGUGGGUGGAAUACAUCUGAAACCACCGGAAGAUAAACUUCCCAAGGACCUCAAGGAUUUCAUGGAUGGAGCAAAAGAUGGUGUUAUAGUGUUCAGUCUCGGGUCGUCAGUUCGAGCUGAAACAUUCCCACCUCAGAAGCGCGAUGCGUUCAUACAGGCCUUCUCCGAGCUUCCGCAAAAAGUCCUGUGGAAGUGGGAGGGAGAUACGCUGCCAGGACAGCCCAAGAACGUCAAGAUAGUUCGCUGGCUCCCGCAAAUGGAUGUUCUGGGUCAUCCUAAUGUCAGAGUGUUCAUCACACAUGGCGGCCUCAUGGGAAGCAUGGAAGCUGCCUACAGCGGAGUUCCAAUGGUGGGCAUACCGUUGUUUGGUGACCAGUUCCACAACGUCAGAUGCUUCAUGUCAGAAGGCAUAACUGUCACACUCGACUACCACUCCAUCUCGAAACUAACAGUUCUCUCUGCCCUAAAGAAAGUGCUGGAUAAUCCUAGUUACAAAGAAAAUGCGGCACGUGUUCAGCAGGCGUUCAAAGACCGACCUCUCUCGCCGAUGGACACUGCCAUCUUUUGGACGGAGUAUGUAAUCAGACAUAACGGAGCGCCACAUAUGCGCUCUGCUGCCCUCGACCUAGCUUGGUAUCAGUACUUGCUACUAGAUGUCAUAGCUGUGCUGUUUCUGGCCGUCGUUGCAGUCUUGGCAGUACUCUACUUUAUCGUCAAGAAAUUGUUCUCCGUGUGUUUCAGUAUUACGAAUGAACAUAAAACAAAACCAAAAGCAAAGACUAGUUGAACAAAUGAGUUAUUUAGUUUUCGUUACUGCCUUUUGUUGUGUAGGUAUGUUAAACAUGAAAUUUCGCAUUUGUAACAUAUUUUGUGCACGUAAGGUUACAGUUGUGUUUUCUUUCAAACGAAGCACAAUGUCAACCGUGAAAAAAUGUCUGUGUGUCAUAUGUAUGUGUGUAGAGUGAGAGAGAGAGAGUAAAUUCUUUGUGAAGCGUA